AUGUCUGAAUUGCUCACGUGCAUAAUUGUUGGUCUUACCACACCCACGAAAUAUGAUGAAGAAGUGCUUGAACAAUGUCUGGAGUCUGGAGUGUCAGUGGGCAGCAGAGAACAAACAACGGGACGUCUGAUCGGUGUUUGUUUGAGUUACAUCAUCACUUCAAACUCUUCAUGGUAUGAUGAUGAGGCCAAGUGCAGCACCCAAGCUGAGGUGGCAUUUAUUCGGAUACUUAAUACUGUGAAGAGUGGUGUCGACUUGUUCCAGGACCCAACAGUGAAGCGAGUGCUGUAUAUGGACGCAUCCUGUGUCCACCCAGACUAUGGUCGUCAUGGUAUUUGUAGGAAGUUAAUGCAGAUAUGUCAUGACCUGGGUGAAGAACAGGGCUGCCAAAUGGCAGCUGGAGUGAUGACCAGUUUAUACACCCAGAAACUCUCUUCUGAUCUGGGCUACAAGAACUGUGCAACCUUAGACCUCCACACUGUAAAAGAAAGUCUCCUGGAUCUGUCCAGAGUGAACACCACGAAAUACAUGAUAAUGACUAAAUAUUUGUCACCUAAAUACAAAAUAACAUCCAAGAUUUGAGGGACAAGGUAAACAAUGUAAUACUAUUUUUUAAUAAUUUAAGUCUUACACACACACACUGCUCGUAAAAAACCGAUGGAAAUUCGAGAAAAUGGGAGGCAUGGACGAGAUUGGAGAAAGGGACUACAUAUUAUGUACACUUCAGUCUGGGGAGCAUAAGGUAGUCAUUGCAGUGAUGUAUAAUCCGCCACAGAACUGCAGGAGGCCAAGAGAGGAAUAUGAAGAGAGCAAAAGAGCAAUGGUGGUUUACCCGACGGUGUAAGGAAGCAAAAACUAAGUGCAAUAGAGAAUGGAAAAAGUACAGAAGGCAUAGAACACAUGAAAAUAGGGAAAUUAGUUGCAGAGCCAGGAACAAGUAUGUACAGGUAAGGAGGGUGGCCCAGCGACAGUAUGAAAAUAACAUAACAUCGAAAAUCAAGUCUGACCCGAAACUGUUGUAUAGCCACAUCAGGAGGAAGACAACAGCCAAAGACCAAGUGAUCAGGGCGAGGGCAGAAAGUGAGGAACUAACAAGAAACGAUCAGGAGGUGUGUGAGGAGCUAAACUGGAGAUUUUAGGAAGUUUUUACAGUAGCGACAGGAAGGGCUCUGGAAAGACAGCACUGAGGGGAACAUCAACAGAGAAUAUACCAACAAGUGCUGGAUGACAUACGAACAACAGAGGAGGAGGUGCAGAAGCUCUUAAGUGACCUUGAUACCUCAAAGGCGAUGGGAUCAAACAUCUCCCCGUGCGUCCUUAGAGAAGGAGCAGAGACACUGUGCGUGCCCUUAACCACAUUCUUCAAUACAUCCCUUGAAACUGGGCAACUACCUGAGAUAUGGAAGACGGCAAAUGUAGUCCCCAUUUUUCAGAAAAGAGUCAGAAACGAGGCACUAAACUACAGACCAGUGUCUCUGACAUGUAUAGUAUGCAAAGUGAUGGAGAAGAUUAUCAGGAGGAGAGUGGUGGAGCACAUGGAAGGGAACAUUAUAAGUGACAACCAGCAUGGAUUCAUGGUAGACAAAUCCUGUGUCACAAACCUUCUGGAGUUUUAUGACAAGGUAACAGAAGUAAGACACGAGAGAGAGGGGUGGGUGGAUUGCAUAUUCCUGGACUGCAGGAAGGCCUUCGAGGCAGUUCCUUACAAGAGAUUAGUGCAGAAGCUGGAGGGUCAGGCACAUAUAACAGGGACGGCACUGCAAUUGAUCAGAGAAUAACUGACAGGGAGACAACGAGUCAUGGUUCGUGAAGAGAUAUCACAGCGGGCGCCUGUGACGAGCGGGGUCCCACAGGGGUCAGUUCUAGGACCAGUGGUAUAUUUGAUAUAUGCGAGCGACAUGAUGGAAGGGAUAAACUCUGUAGUGUCCCUAUUUGCAGAUGAUGUGAAGUUGAUAAGAAAAAUUAAAUCGGAUGAGGAUGAGGCAGGACUACAAAGAGACCUGGACAGACUGGACACAUGGUCCAGAAACUGGCUUCUCGAAUUCAGCCCUGCCAAAUGCAAAAUCAUGAAGAUUUGGGAAGGGCAAAGAAGACCGCAAAGUAUAGGCUAGGUAGACAAAGACUACAAACUUCACUCAAGGAGAAAGAUCUUGGGGUGACCAUAACACCCAGCACGUCUCCAGAAUCAUACAUCAACCAGAUAACUGCCGCAGCAUAUGGGCGCCUUGCAAACCGGAGAAUAGAGUUCCGAUACCUUAAUAAGGAAUCGUUAAAGACACUGUUCACUGCGUACGUUAGGCCCAUACUGGAGUACUCAGCACCAGUCUGGAACCCACACCUGGUCAAGCACGUCAUGAAGUUAGAGAAAGUACAAAGGUUUGUAACAAGGCUAGUCCCAGAGCUCAGGGAAAUGUUCUACGAUGAAAGGUUGAGGGAAUUAGGACUGACAACACUGGAGGACAGAAGGGUCAGGGGAGACAUGAUAACGACACACAAGAUACUGCGGGGAAUCGAUAAGGUGGACAGAGAUAGGAUGUUCCAGAGAGGGGACACAGAAACAAGGAGUCACAAUUGGAAGCUGAAGACUCAGACAAGUCACUGAGAUGUUAGCAAGUAUUUCUUCAGUCAUAGAGUCGUCAGUAAGUGACGUAGUGGAGGCAGGAACCAUACAUAGCUUUAAGACGAGGUAUGACAAAGCUCAGGAAACAGAAACAGGACCUAGUAGCGAUCAGUGAAGAGGCGGGGCUACGAGCCGA